AUGAACACAAAUUUGGCGGAUUUGCCGGUUCGUAUUUUUCGCGUUUUAUCGCAAGAGCUCGAGAAGGAUAAUUUAUGGACGAAAAUUGUGGACUACGACCAGGACCCGAUUUUUUCUAUGAAACAACUAGAAAUAGAUAGCUUUUUAAAACGAGAAAACUGCUGUGAUCAAGUGUUGCGAAGAUGGGGGAACCGAGGACAAACGGUUGGCGAUUUGUUGGCACGACUACAAUAUUUAUCAAGAACAUAUGAAGACGAAUUUGAUACUAUUCAAUUUCAAUUAAGGCGAAAAUUUAAAGCAUUGCGAUGGGUUCCAUAUCUCGAUGAGCCAGUCACAAUUAGUUUCGAUGGGGAUUUCAUAAAACUAGAAUGCAAAGCUCAAGGAUUUCCCACUCCUCAAAUAAAGUGGUAUACAAAUGAUUCGAAGGACCCGAUACAUACUGGGAGAUCGUACACUCUCUUGAGAUGUAAAUGCUCAACAGAACAUCAGUAUAAAUGCAUUGCUAUUAAUCAAGUGCCAGAAGGACUGUCGUAUUCCGAACACUAUCGUAGACAUGGAAAACAGUGGCAUUCAAGGAUUGAAUCUGAAUUUAUUGAUGUUACUUCUUGUGUCAGAGAUGAUGAACUCUGUGAAUCAUGCAAAAACCUAGAAAUGGGUCGCCUGUCUCAAAUUCUGGCAGAAGAGGAAAAGAUCGAAACGAAUUCGGUUCCAAUCCGUCCGAACCUAGACGUUAACCUUCGCGCAGCUGAUAAAGUGGCUCUUGUGAUGAGCAAUUGCUCCUACAAACAUCUCCCAGAACUAAUGACUCCUCAUUGUGAUGCACAAACAUUAGCAGAUGCGUUACAGAAAAUGAACUAUAAAACUGUAACGCUAGCUGAUCUUACGCUCGAUGAAAUGAGAUAUUUCAUUCGGGAAUACAAAAAGCUGAUUGGAGAUGGAGUAUACGCCGUAUUUUACUUCGUGGGACAUGGUUUCGAAGUAAAUGGUCAAUGCUAUUUAUUGGGCGUAGAUGCUCCAGCAGAUGCUCAUCAACCACAGCAUGCUCUCAGCAUGGACUGGCUUCUCUCAAUUUUCCGCGAUAAACAACCAUCAUUAAAUCUUCUUCUUCUGGAUGUCUGCAGAAAAUUUAUACCAUACGAAGCAAUUGGACCAUUCGUGGAGUACUCGGAGCAAUUCAAAAAGUUUCACCGUGCUCAUCGAAACAUGGUUUACGGAUACUCGACUAGUGGUGGAGUUGGAGCAUACGAAGUGAAAGGAGAAGUGAAUGGAAUAUUCAUGAAAUAUCUUAAAAAUCAUGUUCAAUUGGAAAUUUCCGUUAUUGAUAUGCUAAACAAAGUUUUGCUGGACAUCGGAGACGAUCAAAAAGUGUGUGAUUUACAAGUUCCUGAGAUUCGAAGCACCCUCACGCAUCCAAGAAGUUUAGCUGAUCCAUUGAUUUUUGAUGGGCACACUGCGUCUUUUGAUAAUCAUACUCUUCACUGGAGACUUAUGCAUGAGCUUCCAAAUCCAGCGACAAUUCGUUUUGACCUCCAGCCUCUGGUAGCGACAGUUUGGUUCCAGUUUUGCGGUAAUUUCACAAAUAAGGUCUACGUUCUUGCCUCUGUCGCUGAUUAUCGACCGAAUCAAGAAGAAACUGAGUUAGAAGAAACCGAAGAAGUCAGCGAAAACGCAUUGAAUCAUCGAGCAUUCGUUGUAUUCCCCAAAGAACUUCACUGUUCAGAAGCCAAGGAAUAUUCAGAUGAUGAAGAAGGCGUGUCGUUGUAUUGGAUUCUUUCUGGAUUACAAAAAAUCAAGAAAGAGAAUGGAUUGUCGUGUGAAGUGCAUUUGAGACAUGUCGAUGAUUUGAAGAAGACCAUUGAGAAGAAGAGUGUUGAUAUUGGACAUAUUUUGAUUACUAGAAUUAAAUGUCUACAGUAA